UGAUAGGCUACGGUCUGCUGGCCAUUGCUCUUGCCUGGAUCGUGUCAAACCUGGGCUCUGUCUUACAGGCUGUCUACAUUGUGUUCGGCAUCCUCAACGGUCCUCUCCUGGGAGUGUUUACUUUGGGCAUGUUCUUUCCCUGGGCCAACAAGCAUGGCGCCCUGGGCGGUGUCCUCGUGUCCUUGACCUUCCUCCUGUGGAUCGGCAUCGCCGCCUUCGUGAACGAGCUCAAGACCCCCGCCAGCCCGACCUCUAUCGCCGGAUGUAACUUCACGGCCAAACCCAUCCCUUCAACCACGCCCAAACCGCCGCCCAAAGAGGUUGACGAUCCUUUCGAAGAUUUGUACCGCAUGAGCUACAUGUACUACACCGCUCUGGGCAUGAUUCUGGUCUGGGGCAUCGGUCUGCCCAUCAGCUUUAUCACAGGAUACACCCGACCACGUGACCUAGACCCCCGACUCAUCUGCCCCCUGGCGGAGAAACUGGUGCCCUGCCUGCCACAGAAGGUCAAAAACUUCUUCCGCUGUGGACUCGUGCACGAGGGG